UGCCUUUUGAUAGCUUAUAAUAGAGAACUUAAUUGCAUCUUUGUAUAGACUCAGAAUAAGGCCUUACUGCGGUUACCAUUACCACUCUUAGAAGCAUAAGAAAAACUACAAAGGCAAGCAAAAAAGACAUAUUUUAUAUUCAAUUUUGGUAGUUUAGUUGACUUAGAAAUUAGUUUGAACAUAAGUUUGUUUAAACUGUUACCUUUACUGAUUUAAUGACAGUGCUUUUUGUCUCUUAAUUGAUACACAACUUGACUUUUCAGAAUGUGGUGGAUACCUCAAUUGAAGCUAAAGCUAAACGGAAUAGGAAUACUGUGGAUGUGCCUAUAUGUAAUUUCACAUGUGAAGACAGAUUUCAUGCACAAGGGUUGAUUUUGAAUCUGAGACUGCAAAAGAUGUCAUCUUAAACAUGGGAGAUUUGCUUCCAGCACUUCUUGGUUGUACAGCUCUUCCAAAAUGCAUCAAUGAAGGUCUAAUGGUGUUUGACCACAAAAGUGAUCAGUUAACCACAGUCAAUACCUGCGCACCAUCUACCAUGACAUGUUGGACAGCGCCUGGCAAGAAGUAUCAAGGCAAACCAUCCAUGGCUGUUGGCGGAGGGCCUUAGGAGACGCGAUCGGCAGCGAUGAAGCCGACGACAGCGAUGGGGAGUUUGAAGGAUUCAGCGCUGCAGACGUUUCUCAGGCAGAAAAGCACCUUGCAGACUUCAACUCCUUCUCGGCAGUCGAUGUCAACAAAUCCCGCGAUGCGUUUGGCGUGACGGACGACGAAAUCGAUCAUUGGCUUAAGAUAGACGAUGAGCUCGCAACCACAGCGCAUCUUACCGACGAGGAGAUCGUGGCUAACGCUACCGGUGCAUGUACAGAGGCCGACGAGAACGACAACGACGAAGAAGAAGAAAUGGAACCGCUACCUGCGAUGUCUUCCAUCGUCAGAGGCCUCGAGGAAGGUCUCUGCCGACGGAACAUCGGCUCAGACCUGUCAUCUGCGCAACAUCAUCGCCCUUGCACGAGCCGUAGCCAGAGACUCGUGCAAGCAGAGAAAGAUGACGGAAUAUUUCACAUUUUAUAGCGAAUAGAUGAAUUACCUGUUAAUGUUUUGUAUGUAUCGUGAAUUGUACUUCAUUGUAUAAACUUUGAAAGUGUAAUCGUUUAUUAUAUGCUAUACAUGCUUGAUAAAUAAAAAGAUCUUUGUUUAUGUUUAAUGUUUCUGUACGUGUACGAAUAAUAAAUUAAAUAAUCCUAACGAUUUAUUUACGUGCUAACGCAGUAUACUUUACAGAGAUUCACUUUAAUUUUUGCCAUUUAUCAGAAAAUUCACGGAAAGCACGAUUUUUACAUGACGCGUAUGACGCAAUAAAACAAUUCUUUGUACAUGUGUUGUAUUGCAUUCAAUCUAAAUUUAAAGUCGCUCGCCCAAUUAAAGCUCUGUCCCAUAAUGCACUGUACUCUUUUUCUGAAAAUUGGCGUCGGCAUAUGGAUGUUUUUAUGAAUUUCAUAUUUCUCGUCAUAAAUGUUAAAGAUUAUUUUUUUCGUAAUUGAUGUUGUAAUUAUAUUGGAUUAUCGGAUGCAUGUGCACAUUAGAAAAGCGGUAUGUAUUACGUUAUCGUUCGAUUCGGUUUAUAUGCAAGUAUUUGCGGAUGACAACACAGCAUGGCAAUACACAGGACCUAUAUUAUAGGCUAAACUUUACCUGUUUUUAUAUCCCCCUGCAAUAAAUUAGCUCAAAACUUAUAACGCUGUCCGUUUAUAACGCGGUUGCGUGGCUUGGACCCCGUCAUCCGCGUUAUAUUGGAGUUACAGUGUCUAUAAAUUUUAGUAAAUUGUCAGAGAUAAAAAAUUACAACUCAUUUGAAGAAUUAAUGACUAAUAUUUUAGUUGUGUCUUAUGGGUUUGGACUUUAAUAAACCUUAGGUUGAGAAAUGACAAAUUUGUGUAAACUGGUUAUUAUAAAACAUGUUUUAAUAAUAUAUGAAAUAAGAACAUAACACUGUUAUUGAUAAUGUAUUAAGAAUUCUGAUGAGCAAUACCAUGCAACAUCUUUCAAAGAGAUAAAAAUCUGACAUAUGAACAUAAUGGUUUCCUUUAAGAUUAUGUAUAUAGUGAAUAAUGGCCCCUUAGUCACUUUUUUAUCAGGAAGACGAGUUUUUUAAUAACAAAAACUUCUUGGAUGGAAAGAUCUCGGUAAAACAUUGAGUUCACAAGAACCAUUAUUCUCUUCUUCAUCAUUUUGGAGUUACUGUCCUUUUUUACGAAAAAAAUGUGUAGUUUUUGUGUUGCCUGACUAUAGUUUGGAGACAUUAUCAUAACAAUAGGUGUAACUUAGUUCCGAUGCAGUGGUGACGUCCUGUUUGCUUGUCUGAGCAUAACUCUUGAAAGUACUUGUGAUACCACUUCAAGAAACAUAACUUGCAUUACUACUUUUUUGAGUUAUUGCCCUUUGUUAUUUUGUAUACAUGUACUUUAAAAUUGUACACAGUUUUUAAUAUUCCCUAAUCUUUAAUCUACUAUUUUAUUUAAGUUUUACUUUAGUCCAGAUAUUUUACUAAAUUCUGUAAUUUAAGUUACAAGAUUUUCAAAUGACUCCUUUGUACCAUUAUUUAUGUAUGUUGCAUAUUCAGAAAAAAGUGUAUGUUUUAUUUCUGUAUUAUAUAUAAUGAUCCUUGAUAGAAUCAUUGUUAGAGAUUUUUUCUGUUAUUUCCAUACACAAAAUAAAUAAAAAACUAGAAAGAGGACAACUUUUAUUUCUUCAGAUAAGAAUCCAUUAUUAACAAGAAUAACUGUUAUAUUGUUGUAAAAGGUUUCUAUCCAUUUUAUAAAACUGUUUUUAUAAUUAAUGCUGCAAACAUUGUAUGUUACAUUUAUGGUUAUUUGUAUCAAAGGCUACAAUUAGAAACAAAAUCAACUUUGCAAAACAUUUUGUGUUUUUUUUCCAUUCAUCUCACUUUUGACAGCUUUUGAUCUUAACAUGAUAACAUUUAUGUUGCUUCAUAGUCUGUAAUUCGUU